UGGGUCCUCGUGCGGCUUCUGAGCCCUGACACCACGGAGGCCACAUGGAGCGCCCGGAGGAGCCUGCUCCUGGGCCGGGAGGCGCGGACGCUGCGUCCGAGCGCCAUGGACUACGCCGCUUGCUGCUGUCCGGCUUCCAAGAGGAACUGCGGGCACUCUUGGUCCUGGCGGGUCCUGCGUUCUUGGCCCAGCUGAUGAUGUUCCUAAUCAGUUUCAUAAGCUCAGUGUUCUGUGGCCACUUGGGCAAGCUGGAGUUGGAUGCAGUCACACUGGCAAUCGCGGUUAUCAAUGUCACAGGCAUUUCGGUGGGACAUGGCUUGUCUUCUGCUUGUGACACCCUCAUCUCCCAGACAUACGGGAGCCAGAACUUGAAGCACGUAGGGGUUAUUCUGCAAAGGGGGACGCUCAUCCUGCUCCUCUGCUGCUUCCCCUGCUGGGCACUCUUCAUCAACACCGAGCAAAUUCUGCUGCUCUUCAGACAGGACCCGGAUGUAUCCAGGCUCACCCAGACUUACGUCAUGAUCUUCAUCCCAGCACUUCCUGCAGUCUUUCUUUAUACGUUACAGGUUAAAUACUUGCUCAACCAGGGCAUCGUUCUGCCUCAGAUCAUGACGGGCAUUGCAGCUAACCUUGUCAACGCCCUGGCCAACUAUCUGUUUCUCUAUCACCUGCAUCUUGGGGUGACGGGUUCAGCGUUGGCCAACACCAUCUCCCAAUUUGCCCUGGCCAUUUUCCUGUUCCUCUAUAUCCUCUGGAGAAGACUGCACCAAGCCACCUGGGGAGGGUGGUCCUGGGAGUGUCUGCAGGACUGGGCCUCCUUCCUGCAACUGGCUAUCCCCAGCAUGCUCAUGCUGUGCAUAGAGUGGUGGGCCUAUGAGGUCGGCAGCUUCCUGAGCGGUAUCCUUGGCAUGGUGGAGUUGGGAGCCCAGUCCAUCACCUAUGAAUUGGCUAUCAUUGUAUACAUGAUCCCUUCGGGCUUCAGUGUGGCUGCCAAUGUCCGGGUGGGAAAUGCACUAGGCGCAGGAAACAUUGACCAGGCCAAGAAGUCCUCAGCUAUUUCCUUGAUAGUCACAGAGCUCUUUGCUGUGACCUUCUGUGUCCUGCUGCUAGGCUGUAAGGAUCUCGUGGGCUACAUUUUCACUACUGAUCGGGAUAUCGUGGCCUUGGUGGCUCAAGUGAUCCCCAUUUAUGCUGUGUCCCACCUCUUUGAAGGUCUUGCUUGUACCUGUGGUGGUGUCCUGAGGGGCACUGGAAACCAGAAGGUUGGAGCCGUCGUUAAUGCCAUCGGCUAUUAUGUCAUCGGCCUCCCCAUCGGGAUCGCACUGAUGUUCGCUGCCAAGCUGGGAGUGAUCGGUAAGCCUCAGUGUCCGGUAAGCCUCAUUUCGGGAAGGCAGGCCAGCUGCCCACAGGCCCAGGGAAGAUGGACAAGCACACAGGAACCUCACUCUGCUUCCCAUGCUCCUUCUGUCCGGUGCCAGAGAGUGAGUGCUCAAGUACAUGCCAAUCUGAAGGUAAACGUGGCCCUGAAUUCUGCUGUCUCCCACGAGCCUGCUCACCCAGUGUGUCCUGAGAGCCAUGGAGAAAUUAUGUUGACGGAUCUUGAAAAAAAAGAUGAGACUCAGUCGGACCAGCCGAUGAACCAGCAGCAAGUUUUGCCUAUCCAUCCAAAGGACAGCCACAAACUGUCUGGGAAACAGCUGGCCCUACGGCGAGGACUCCUGCUUCUAGGGGUAGUCUUAGUCUUGGUGGGUGGGAUUUUAGUGAGAGUCUAUAUCAGAAUUGAAUAAUGUGGGAAUGCCAUCAGUCCAGCAACUUGGAUGCUCCUCAGUCUGUGAAGUUAAUGCCUAACAAAUCCACCCCACACUGAAACAUCAGGGCUGGGGGUACUGCGGACAGCCAUAUGCUCAGCAUGUUCUGGGACCUCUAACAUAUAAGUCCCCCCCCCGUCUCUGUAUGUGUCUCUCUUUGUGUGUGUGUUUGAGAGAGACAGAGAGAGGGUACCCCCCCCCGAAAUAGGAACAGAAAGACAAAGAGACAUAGAUGAGAGAGACAGAGGCAGAGGAGAUGCUCUGGAGUGGACUACGCAUGCAAUAUACCUACCUACCAAAUACCAGUGUUCGAAACGUUUUACCAACCAGAAUGUUGAUUUUUUUUUUCACCCCUGGAUUGCAGGGCAAGCUGGAGGCUCUAGCUCACUGCCACUGUCCCCAUGUCUCCAAAGGAUAGUGUCACACAUUGUAAACCCAGGAAAAGCUCCCAGUUCAAAAACAGUCUCUACUGAAUGCAUGUCACUUUUGCACCAGUGUUAAAGUUGAGCCCUUGGAAAAUGAAUCACUGUAAGUCUGGGCCCACGUGCAGUUUGAAACAUACAGACAAUUCAGAGCUGGUGCUGGCCAGUCAUUAUAGUUAACAGAAUUCAACUGUGCCCAUGGGAAUUAUGAACUGAGAAUUCAAAAAUGUUGUUUCUCUAAUAAAUAAGGCAAACACCAUAUUGUGGUCUAAGACAAUGUGGGGGAGAUGAUGGGGGAGUAUUAAUUCAUCUGCCACUGUCAAACAUGCACUGCUGGGUACUGUCUUCAUUCAGAGCUGGAAUUUCUAUUUCUUCUGCCUAUUGUUUUCUACACUACAAACCUAUAUCUGAACUGCUUCUAUAUUCUUGCUGUGUGACUUCU